CAGAAAGAACAGUACAAAUGCAGGCAGGGCACAGGACAAAGCACUAUGGACAAAAAGUAUGUGAAAUGAAAAUGACAGUUUCUAAAAUUUUUAAAUUUGCCGCCGGUUCUGGCCCCCGUACAUCCCGACACUCGCAGGGACCGGAACACGGAAGCCGGAUGCAAGCAUCGUAGAGAGGAGAUGGCCGGGGACGCUGCAGGGGACACAUUGCGGGAGCAAAGGACAAGGUAAGCGCUGCAGGGAAUCCCUGAGCAAUGCCGCAUGGUAAGCCCGAGUGUAGCUUGGGGUUGCAGCUUGUGGUACUGAAAU